GAGAGAGCGCAUCAAGUCACCACAGAGCUUCACCAUCACACACUGGAAGACACAAGUGCAGAGCGCAAGGAGACUAUAUUCCUCUAGAAUCAUGGAUGGAACAAAGCCGGCCAUGGAGUCCACCGCUGAGGAGACCCAGGACGAGGGCCAGGAGAGCAAAGGAUGCUUCGAGUGCUGCAUCAAGUGUCUGGGCGGGGUGCCCUACGCCUCGCUGGUGGCCACCAUCCUCUGCUUCUCAGGCGUGGCUCUGUUCUGCGGCUGUGGCCAUGUGGCGCUGACCGGGACCCUGACCAUGCUGGAGAACCACUUCUCCAGGGUGACCAGCGACCACGCUACCCUCACCCUGGUGAUCCAGAUCUUUCAGUACAUCAUCUAUGGCAUCGCUUCCUUCUUCUUUGUCUACGCCAUCAUCCUGCUAGCUGAGGGCUUUUACACCACCAGCGCCAUCAAGAAGGAGCUGCAGAGCGACUUCAAGACCACCGUCUGUGGACGCUGCAUCACCGCCUUUUUCAUGUUCCUGACCUACAUCCUCUUCCUGGCCUUCCUCGCCAUCUUUGGCUUCACGGCAAUCCCCGUUUUCCUCUUCUUUAACAUGUGGAACACCUGUGCUGCCAUGAGGUCUCCUGAUGCUAACAUCACUUCUCCUGAGUCCAUCUGUGUGGAUGUCAGGCAGUACGGUAUUAUUCCCUACAAUGCCACACCAGGAAAAGCUUGUGGAGCCACACUGGGAGAAAUCUGUAACACCAGCGAGUUCUACCUUUCCUACCACCUCUACAUCGUUGCGUUAGCCGGCGCCGGAGCCACCGUCAUCGCAUUGAUCCACUAUCUGAUGAUCUUGGCGGCUAACUGGGCCUAUCUGAAGAGUGCCGUCUCCACGCACGAGUACCAGGACAUCAAGACCAAGGACGACCAGGACCUGGAGGCCGAGGCGCGCUCCAAGGAGGGCCAGAACUCCUCCUCCUACUCAUAAGGACAAGAGAUCCUCUCCCGCCACCACCCAUCUCCUCUCCACAACUCAACCCCACCCACGACACCAACGCCCGCCCCUCCCUCCGGUAAAAACAACCAACCUCGGUCAUGUUUGAUAGUCCCCCCAGCCUCCUGAUCCUCCAUCCUCUCCCCCUCCGCGAUGCUUGUUAAGGGUUGUGGCUGAGCUCACACCAGAGGGGAAGAGGAUCGAGGGUCAGGAGAGGCGGCAGGCCCAGACGGAGGCAGAUGCUUCAGAACGGGAGAGCUCGCCCGCCGGGUGGAGCUCAGGUACAGUCCAUCGGUUCAGAAGCGUCUCCUCCACAGAGCUUUUGGGCGCCGGCUCGUGAACGUGGCCCGGCUGUGAUGGCCUCGCGCCCUGAGCCAGCACAGCCUCUCGACUCACAGCUCCUAACAGCCUAAAAAAAAAAACAUUGUUCACUGUCUGCUUCGGCCACAGGGAAGCCAGGCAGCGACCAACUUCCUCCGUUUUUUGGUGUUUUAUAUGCAUAUAUAUAUGAAUAUGAAUAUAUUGUGCGAAUGUGUACGAAUGUUGUUGUUUUUUUUUUAAUACUCUCUGAAAGUAUGCCAGGUACUCUUAUGAUCUUUCUUCUUCUUUCUGUUUUUGCGCUCAUAGGUUUUUUCUCCUUUACUUUUCUCUCCAUCUUUAACUUUUUAUUGCUAAUGCUUGAUACGUUGUUGCACUAUUUAAGAAAAAAAUAAGGGAGAAUGAAAAUCCCGGAAAAACACAAACCAUCCCGACCCCGUCUCUCAUAGAUUUACCGAAAAGAAACUGACAUCAUGUGGUAUCUCAAGGAUUACUGUGCAUUUAUAGGAUCAGAGUUUAUUUAACCACCAACAUACUAACAGUUAGUUUAAGACCGGAGGGGUAGCAAACUUUAAGUAAAGGAAUAGUUUUGGGAAGUGUGUUUAUUUGUUUUCAAGUCAAGGGUUUGAUGAGAAGAUCAGCCGCUACAGUUAGCAGCAGGCUAGCUAGCAUUAGCAUACAGACUGGGUCUCUUUGGAGAAUUUAAUUACUUUGUUUUUAUGUGAAUUGAAGAGAGAGGAUAAUACACUUAAUAAUUAGCUUCUUAAACCAGGUUUGCUUCUUUAAAACAGAGCAAGGUUGCGCUAUUUCCAUUGUUUUUUCUAGCAGUAACAGGCUGGUUAAGGUUAGCAUCAACACUCAAGUUUUCUUGAGACCAGCAUGUUGUUUUGACAGCAUGGUUUUGUUUAAAUUAAAGGAAAAAAAUGGAUAGUAAAAUUAGAAUGGGUUUGGCAAACCAGUUUUGCUUCUUUAAAAAGGCUAGGGUAGCCAUUUACUCCUCCUUCCAGUGUUUAAACUAGCCAGAAUUAGCAGAGAAACUUUCUCAUGUCUGUAGCUACAGCCAGUAGCAGGCUAGCUAAGGUUAGCAUAAAGACUGGAAACAGCGAGACUAGUUCUCUUGAAAGCAACAUGCUUUUUUGACAGCUUGUUUUUGUCUGAAAUAUAGAAACAAGAUGACCUAAAUAAGACAGCUGGUUUAGUCGUUUCCCUGUGUUUUAAGCUAGCUAAGCUAACCGGCUAUACCGUACAGCGUGGCUAUCAUUGGAUUAUCCGUAAUUCAUUUAUAAUUAAAAAAAAACAAAGGAAAACUGUUUGUGCUCUUUGUUUCAAAACCAAACAGAAAAACUGUUACAGAUAUGAGAAUGUAAAAAAAUGAAAAAAAAAAAAAGUCAAACACGGUUAAUUUUUUUUUUGUUGGCCACCAAUAACAGAGGUCAUGUGACUUUAACUGUAAUCCAAAAUCUGUUCAGUUCAUGUUUCCGCACAAAAAAGAAGGAAACCAAACUUUAAAAAGCGCAACUUCAUUUUGGUGGUUUUCAAAUUACAAAAUAAUUUACGUUUUAUCCGAUGAUACCCAGACUGGUGGGAUCAAUCUUCUCAUCCGACUCUCAGCAAGAAAGCAAAUACGCAUGUUCAGAAAAUGCCAAACUGUUCCUUUUUAAGACCUUUGUGGUUUUUGCUACACUCAUCACCAGCGGCAGCAGAAAUCAAAGAUAAAUCUGUCCGGGUCUUAAAAGAGACACACACCUCAGGUAUCAAACCAAAUCUGAUUUUCACCAGUUGUGUUCUUUUCCAAAGCUUCGCCGUUCAAACUCUUCCCAGAUCGGUUCGCUGUCCUGUUUGAAUUCUACGGUAAAAACCUGUUCUAUCCUUUUGAGAGUCAAGCUCACCUGUAAAUAGCCAAAUCACCCUAAAAGAUGGAUUACACCUCUCCCACAACAGGGAGAACACAAUCAGUGUUUUGCCAUGCUCUUCUAUGAUUUUUUCCACAGAUAUAUGUAAAUGUACCCUUUGAGAUAUGUGUUUAGCACUCAAAUACUAGUUCUGCAUUUGCUAUAAUAAUUGUAAUGUAACAUCUUAAAUGAUAUGUCGUGAGAGGGAUACAGUGCAGUCAUGAUAUGAUAUGAUGGACUGAGGUGCUUGUGACGUAUACAUUUUAAAAUAUGAAAAAAAAAUAUGGAAAUUGAUUUUUAAUGUUUUAUCAGUUUUAGGCAGCUGAUUUCUUCUUGUGAUUCAGUAAUGAUUAUUUUAUGGAACAUGUUUGUGCUUCUUUUUUUUUCGACGGCCAGCCAAACGAGUGACUUGUCAACACGUGAGUUGAGGAGAAAAAGUCACUUUUUCUUUUCCUUUUUAUCCUUUUGAACGUCAUGCCUCUCAUAUGAGCCACAGAGACUGUUUUGGAUGUUUACACUCUGAAUAAAACAAGUCAGGAAUUUUCAUACAUUAAUUUUAUAACCAGAUAUUGUUUAAAAAUCAUGAACUAUAUUCUAUAUCGAUCAUCACUGGUUAGUUUACCCUCAAAAAACACUGAAGAAGACAAAUUUUUUGAUGAGAUGAAGCAUGUCAGUAUCGUCCAUGUGUGCAGCUGUCUAUUCUGUAUAAAAAAGGACUAUAUUGCCAUGUGUGUUAUGUUUGAUAAAUAUACGUGCUUUGCCGCCAGGUUGAUGUAAAGGCAAACUUCAAUUUCCUCUAAGACGAUGCGUGUCAGGGUGUUGUUGUUUCCUCGUUAUUUGCAUGAAGGAGACAUGACUGUGUCUUUGCAGUUUUUCAGGUGAUGUGUAGUCAAUUGUACUGACAACUAUGGUAGGCGGUGUUUGCCCCUUCCUCCCUCCACCACUCUUUUCUAAAGAAAACUCCAUUGUACUUUGAUGGCAUUGUAGUCCCUGUAGGUGUUUCAUUAUGGUUUUAUUUUUUAAGUUGGAAAUAGUUCUAUGACUCCUAUAUAGUGAUGAUUUUUGUAACCUUCUCUAGUAAAACCGAUAUUUUUUAUUAUCGUGA